AUGCAGACCUCAACUAGCAUUUCCCUCGUGGACAAUACCAUCCCCUCACAACAGCCUACAAGCCGAGAAUCCUCACGACAGCCUUCCACCGAUCGGCAUGGAAGCCUAAAGAAACACCUAAGCCGCACAUCUGUUUCCGGUCAACUCGCCAAGCGCAAGUAUGCCAAAUGGCAGCCCGAAAGACUGGGCCUAGCGACUGAUGGAGAAACAUCACCGAGUCGAGACUCCUCGCGCGCCCGAGGCUCAAUCUCAGCAGAAAGCUCAAGCGCACAAUUGCUCCUCCAGGAGACAGUAACCGAUGCCUCGCGCGUUAGUACAACAGCUUCGGAUCCAUUCCGGGUUCAACCAAAUGAGAAUGGUCAAUCUGCCGGACAAACCAUAGCUGUCAAUUCAGAUGGCAGCACCAAGCCGCACUCAGAACUUGAUAUCCUCUACGAAAACCAGCGCGGCUCGUUCUUCUUCGGCGUGCCCCUUUACUCCCAUAGCUCAUUACUCAGCAUUGACCCAGAUGCCUGGAUGACCCAUGAUCACCGUGACAGCCCUGUUAAUAUUACUAAUGCUCAAGUGCCAGAUCCCAGCUGGGAAUGGUCGUGGCGAACAUGGUAUGUUGAUAUGUCCGGUGACGUGGAUGAGCAGGGCUGGCAGUAUGCAUUUUCAUUCGGUUCGUCGCAGUGGCACGGCACGCAUCCGUGGUUUCACUCGUUUGCUCGAAGGCGCCGCUGGGUUCGGCUUCGAAACAAGAUUUCACAAAGAAGACAUCGGGGCCGCUCAGAAUUCGAGAGGGGCCAUAUGCUUAACGAGGACUAUUUCACUAUUCAUUCUUCAAAUUCGAAGGCUCUGGGUCGUGCACAGAGUGUCACGGGGUUGUCGAGGGUUGAGUCUGGUUUCCUUAGUCUAAUGAGCAUGAAGGAAGAGGAGGAAAUGCAUUUGGAUGAGAUUGGAAACAUUCCUUCUCUCAUGGCUGCACUCAAGCAGGCUACAAUUGACCGCGAGAGAAUCGAUGCAUUAAAAAGGUUUGUCGAGGAUGGAGGGGAGGAACUCUACUAUUUGAAUGACAAGAUCCCAGAGAUAAUGUCUAUGUUCAUGUUCCAAGCAUCGCGCUGGCAAUUCGUAACCCACCUCGUCGGUGUCAUCCACCAGCUGAAAGACUCCACUGAAUCAGAUGACAAGGAGGCUGAUAAGAUCACGCGCAAAAGUGACAGUCUCACUCGUGCAGUCGAAUCUGCUAGGUCUCAUAUCACUGGGCCGGAUAUUUUUACUGAUAGCCAAGGAGAGUCGGUAACAGAACUACUUGACUUGACGCCUGUCAGCCGACAUAACUCUUUAUUAUCAAGGCGCUCUAAAGCUACGGGUGAACCGCUACAUGUCUUGAAAGUAAGGGAGAUCAAGGGUAUUCCCAAAGCAGCGCAGGUUGGCCGUGAAGCGCAUAUCUAUUGA